AUGGGUAUAUUUAGUUCUCAUCAAUUUACAACAGUAUCCGAGAUAAUUUACUUGUGUUGUUCCCUACUCAUGCUUGGUGACGACAAUGUCCUUGAGACGCAGGUAGGUUUACUAAUUGAAGCAAUCAGGACGCAGAAUCAUUCGAAAGAACCUGGUGCACUCGAAGCCGCACGUGCCAUAAGGAAAAAGUUGAAGUAUGGUACUCCACGGGAACAAGUAAUAGCUUUGAAAAUACUCGAUUUGCUGGUACUUAAUGGGAUCGAAAAAGAUUUUAUUACACCCCUGUUUAAUGAUGACAAAUUGAUCGAUAGACUGGCGUUUUAUCUUAUCGAUGACAUCGAACCUGUAGACUUUAGUAGCAUCUAUUUGAAUCCACGGAAAAGGGAAGAUUCCAGGACCAUGAUUAAACAUAGAAAAGUUUGUGUAAUAGCCAAAUACAUUAUGGGUCAAUGGCAUGUUGAGUAUCGCUCUAACCCCUGUUUGGAAUAUUUUAAUAGUAUCUAUGAACGUUCUAUGGAAAGAAACAAAACGAUGAGUAACAAAAGCAACGGGGGGUGUACUUUUAAGGUAAGGAGUUAUGACAAUAUUCCAGGAUUCAUCAAUGAUGAUACAGAUUUGGAAAGAUAUACUGACUUAUACUAUAAAACUCCAACUGAACUUAGCCCGCUGGAACAACAGCAACAACGACAAUAG